CGCCUUGCAAACAACUGUCUCUCUCUCUCGCUGGCUAUUUUUUUCUUCAGGAUAUUAUUUUUUGUUGGGUGUUGAAGGAGCAAAAAUGGCGUCGAAUCUCCUGAAAGCUCUGAUCCGAUCGCAGAUUCUCCCAUCUUCGAGGAGGAACUUUAGCGUGGCGGCGGCUAGCACUCAGCUCGGCAUUCCAACAGACGAUUUAGUCGGAAACCACACGGCCAGAUGGAUGCAGGAUAGGAGCAAGAAGUCACCAAUGGAACUGAUCAAUGAGGUUCCACCUAUCAAGGUUGUUGGAAGGACUGCUGCUUGUGAAGGAGACACCAAUCCAGCACUGGGUCAUCCAAUUGAGUUCAUUUGCCUCGACCUACACGAGCCUGCUGUCUGCAAGUACUGUGGCCUUCGUUAUGUUCAAGAUCAUCAUCACUAAAGGCAACAUUCAGCUUUGAUGCUCCGGCAUCUUCAGAUAUCAUAUAUCUAAUAAAGGGUUUCGAUCAAAUACAGGCAAGUGUGACUUUGUUUGAUCGCACUUGUCAGGUUGUUAACAUCCAAUAUUUUAUAUUUUCAAACAAGGCUAGGGGAUUUGCUACAUAACCAUCGUGUAUUGAUCUUUUUGCCGUCAAGAUUCUCAUUUUUAUUUGAACUA